GUACAGAUAUAUUUCUAACAGUGUAGAAAUAAUACGUUAAUUGCUGGUAACUAUUACAGAGGAUUAUUUCUUGAUUGUCAUAUAAUUUUAUCGUACUGGGUACGUAAAAAUUAGCAUGGCACUUUUAGAAUUAUUAAUAAGAACCAGUAUGAUUAUCACUGCGAUGGCUGCCUUAAAUGAAAAUUGGAUAGCUGAAAUACAAACCGCAGUUAAUUAUUAUUUAUCGGAUAAUGUAAAACCAACACAUUAUGACAUCCAAUUGAUAUUACCUAUCGAAGAAAAUGUAUACAGUGGUGAAUCAAUGAUCAGCAUCGAGAUUUAUGAACAAACGCGACAUAUAGAAUUGCAUUUAGUAAAUCUGGUUGUUACCAAAGUCGUAUUGAUUAACAAAAAUCUACAGAUAUUUAAGAAGAAUAUAGAAAAAUUAGGUGAUAAACCAAUAAAAUAUUUCUAUUAUCAUCAGACAAAUAUUUUCAGCAUGUACUUUGGCAAUGAAAUAUUACCUGGGAAUUAUACUUUAAGCAUGAAAUUCCUUGGUCAAGCAACUAAGAAUACCGAAGGCCUCUUUAGAACUUCUUACAAAAAUAAAAAAGGAAACACAAUGUGGUUAUUCGCAACAUAUCUACAGACAACUGGGGCACGAUAUUUAUUUCCAUGUUGGGAUGAACCGAAAUUAAAGGCCGAAUUUACAAUUUCUGUAAAACACCCUAAAAAGUACAAAGCUUUGUCGAAUAUGCCAAUACAAAACGUACAUAAUGUUGAAAAUAACAUGGUGUGGACAUAUUUUAAUACCACUCCU